UAGUGCCCUGCUCCGCGCAUACACUUACCGCAUAGACAAUGGAACCUCGUACAUUUAUUGCUAAAGGCAUUCCGUUAUAUAUAUCCCUUUUUUCAGUAGCUUUAUGCAUGGCUUGGGCGAAGCCAAGGGAUCACUACAAGGACGACGUCCCAGAUGCAUUUAAGAUCUUUCGCGACCAUGCCUACGGUGUUACAAUAUUGGAUAGUGACGGUGACGGAGAACUGGAGUGUAUGACGACCAAACGCACAGAAUACAACCCAGAAGCACCUUCGGCCACGUUCGUGUGGAUUUUAAAAGGCUUGAAUGGACACGAAAAAAAAAAUAUCCCGUUUCAUGUGAGGCCGUCAAACUCAUCUCACGAGGUUCUCCUUAACUUCGAUGACGAUAAUCGAGACCGUAUAUUGACCGUACUCUACACAGACUACAAGGAUUGUGUAGUCCUAGAAAUGCCUUUGCUUGGAAAAGAGGAAUGUAUGCUGGUGGUCACCCGAGAAGUCAAGGAUGCCGUUCCGCAGCAUUGCUUCGAGCAUUACGACAGCAAUUGCUACAAUAAAGUUACCACAUACGACCCUGAUGUAUGCAGCCAGGUAGAAGAUGAUUUUUGAAAGCAAGAUGACACGUUCAGUCUUGCGUAAUAAAAUAAAGCGUUUAUAAAAAGCAGGA